CGGUUCCUGCAGGCAGGUGCGCUGGAAGAAGAGAGACACCGUGCAAACCAUCAUGCUUUGGCGUAAAGCGCAAACGGUGAGUCAAUGUCAGCGUCUGCGCUCAGUUAUGCGUGAUGUACAUGCCAACUCUUCCCGCUGACGUCUCACCGCGCUCGUCGUCGGUCCGGGUGCAGAUAAAAGAGAUCGGCGAACCUGUACAUCGUCAGUAUCCGCGUGUUCCCCGCGGCGAGUGGGACGAUACGUCUGACGGCUGAAGAGCUGCGCUUCCGAAGAACCAGCUUCCGAACGAGACACGAGAUUGAAUUGCGUCUGCACGUGGUGCACGGCACAUUCGCUUUCGUCAAGGAGAUACGUCGGAGUAAUCGCGCGGUUCUACAAGGCGAUUAAGUGAGACUGAACUUGACCUAUAUCCAGGGUACGCCGAAGCGUCGAAGUGGCAAAUCGAUCGAGACGAUCGCAGACUGAGUUUCGAGGACUACACGAGUACCUUCUCGUCGUGCUUUCUCUCACAGACACUCGAAAAGUCGAAAGGAUGACGCGAUUAUGGCUGUUGUUUGGUAUUUUGGCGUUGACUGGUGGCCAGAUCAUUUAUCCGGAUCAAUACGAAAUGAUGACGAUAAACAACGGUCGAGCCUCGCUACCUGCUGAUUUUCAAUCGUUACCAACGACCAGCAGUAAUCAGCCACCUGUCCAAAUCGAUCAACAAUUCGGCGUUGCUGCGAAGCCGGCAGAAGGGCAAUUUUAUCCUGCGUCCACUCGCGUACCGUUGUAUCCAUCAGUGAAUCCGAUAGCCAACCAGCAAUCCAUGCAAGACACUUGGAGCAAUCAUGUGAACAAUAUUAUAUCCAGGGGAAUCACAAAGUUUGCUCUGGAUUUGGAUAGAGCGAUUCACAAAACCUCGGUGACUAAUCGUCGCGAGAACGUGGUCUUUUCUCCGAUCAGCGUGUCCAUCGCCUUGUCGUUAGUCCUGUUGGGUUCCGCCGGCAAGACCUUCGACGAGGUUUCUCGGAUACUCGGCUUAGAGACUGGCGUAGAUAUAUCUCAACAUUCGGAAAUCGUUCACCAGAUGUACGGUCAGCUUCUGGCUAUCAUGAAUUAUAGGGUUGAGGGUAGCAAUAUGCCGCGCGUGAAUUCCGCUAGUGGCAUCUUCGUUCAGCAAGGAUAUCCGAUUCGACCCGAAUUCCGCGCGAUCAGCGAAAAUGCGUACAAUAGCGAAGUGAUAAAUUUAGAUUUUCGAACAAAAGGCAGAGAAGCGCGAGACACAAUAAACGCUUGGGUGAAAAAACGAACAAUGGACAAAAUUGAUACUAUAUUGAACGAACCGCCAGAUCCGUUGACCACCGUGAUUCUUUUAUCGGCGCUCUAUUUUAAAGGAGAAUGGAAUCAGCAUUUCUUAGGAGCUAUGACAAAAAGGAAACCAUUCUUCAUCGAGCCGAAUGACACGGUCGAAAUAGAUAUGAUGUACAACGGUGGUAAUUUUCCAUUUUACGAAGACAAAUCGUUGGACGUUAAAAUAUUGGGUUUGCCCUACAAAGGCUUAGAGAUGUCUAUGUAUGUACUUUUGCCGAAAGCCGAAGGAGCCGCCGCAUUGAAGAGCUUCCAGGACCAACUAACGGCCGAGAUUAUUGAAAAUCUAAUCAACAAUACGAAAAACGAGACUUGCCUCAUCGGUUUUCCUCGUAUGAAAAUCUCGAGCAAAUUGAAUUUGAACAAUGCACUUCACAAUCUAGGCCUAUAUUCAUUGUUCGAUCCGAAAACUGCGGAUUUCAGCCUUUUGUCCAACGGAUUCGGUCAAGCACCAGAAGCACCGAUUCUGCCGAUUCCGCAAGCACAGGUUGCACCGAUUUCGCAAGGACAGGCUGCACCGAUUCCGCAAGGACAGGCUGCACCAAUUCCGCAAGGACAGGCUGUACCAAUUCCGCAAGGACAGGCUGCGUCGGUUCCACGACCACUUCCUGUGUCGAUUCCGCAAGCGUCACCGCGGCAAAUUCCUUCCUCGCUAUUGCCGAGCACAAAGACCGACGAGUUCUUGAUUUUCUCACGACUCGGAAAUAACAAUAAUCAGGGCGCGAGAAGGAAUUACUUUACGUUCAAUGAUAAAAGACACGGCGUCAGCGUAGAACAGUGGGACACAGGUUUCACUAUCCGCAGCCUCAGCAGAAGACGUCGUGACGCUCUGCAGAGCGGAAGACGACGUAACGACACGAAGUCAUCGCGUGGGACGUACGUCGUGGAGAAUCAAGGCCCUGAGGAAAUCGCGUCAAAGUUAGACGACGCGAAUACGAAAUACGUGAGCUUGGAGGAGAACAAGUAUCGCUUCCGGAAUGCCGAGAGGAAUACGAAGAGCAGAAGUAGACGGCAGAGCCGACCCAUAGACGAGAACUUCUUGAGAUUCAUACGGACGCAAAAUUUCCCCUUUUACGGCUUGGACAAUCUGCGAAACGGUGGGAAUCUCGCGAAUCCGGGCCUGUACGCCAACGACGUGCUGCACAAAGUGGAGAUGGACGUGACGGAGAAGGGGACGGAGGCCGCGGCCACGACCGCGGUGCUUUUGCGCCGAGAUGGCAAUCAGAAGAAGCUGGUCGCCAACCGGCCUUUCAUGUUUUUCAUCAGGCACGACCCCACGAAGCUCAUCCUCUUCUGGGGAACGAUAAAUGUGCCGACUCCAAACUACGCAGUCGUCAGAUGAAAUGCGCUAUGUAGGUUUCUCGUAUAGAUAUACCGGAGUUCGGCUUUCCUCGAAUAUAAUUCCUACUUAUUUUUUAUAUAUUUAUAUAUUUGUCUCUUGAUUCGAACAAAUGCGACUAUUUUUUACGUCUUUUUUUAUGUGUAUAAUAUUUUGCACUGCUGUAACACGAUUUCCGCGCAUAUCGCGGUCACAACGAGUAUAUAUAUAUAUUGCGUAUGCUCGUUUUAUUACCUAUUAUUUUAUCUUAUGUUCGUCAUAACGCGUGUGCCUAUUAUCGCGUCGUAUGCCUAUGUCGUAAGUUAAAACGAUGUUAUAAUCGUAUUCUCUCUCUUUACGUAUAAAUAAACAUGAUCAUAUUGUUACUUUUUGAUAACGAUUUGAUAACAAUGAUCGAAACGCAAGGAGAUAAAUAAGAAAUUAAUGAUGAUAACUUGAAAUUUACAGAAUUACGAAUAAAUCUCUUUAAUGCAAUUACGAUGACGCUCCGAUUAAUUUAAAACUGGUAAUAGUAAGUUUUGAGCUUUAUCUUGUACUCCGAAUCUCAUAGUUCAGCUUGCUUUUAUAGUAAUAAUUAUAAUGUUCCUUCAACUUUUGGAAAAUAGAUAUGUGAAAUCGAUAAAAACUGUUUAUUUUUCAUGGUUUUGUGUCAUAUUAAUCUGAACGCUUGUGUGUGAAAAUAAAAACGAUAAUUGUGAUUUAA